AAACGUCGUCACGUCGAUCCCAAUUGAGCGACGGUUUUGUCCAUCACUUGAGAAAAGAAAAAGUAAGAGUGGGAAGAACCGGAAAAUAAAACGCCUAGAAAAUGCCUGAAGGAUCAGAUUUUAGCUGUCCAACUUGCCAUGCCAAGUUCACAAGGAAGCAGCACGUCUAUAGACACAUGAGAACCCACACAGGGGAAAAGCCGUACGAGUGCGAAAUAUGUAACGAAUCUUUCUCUAGAAGCGACUUACUCAAUAGACACCAGUCAAAGUGUCACGCAGGUCAUCCCCUCGUACCAAAGAAAGGCCAGCGUCAGAAUCGCAAGGCUAACAUGUCCAGCGCCUUCGAUAGGCAAAUUCAGCAAAUAGAAGCCCAAAAACAGAAACAGCAGCAGAAGCAGGAAAACGAGUUGAACACUCAACAGGAUGUCAAUCUAUCUGAGCCUGUUCUUGAUCUUUCCUCUAUCAAGCCUGAUAACGAUUUGAACGCAUUUGCUCAGUCACUUGGACAGGUUUACAUGCAGCAGCAACCACCGCUAACACCUAGUCUACUUUCUACUCAGCCUGUUAACCAGUCACAGCCACAGGUACAGCCACAAGCUCAACCUCAAUCCCAGACAACCAACCUAUCAAAUUUCGCUGCGCAAACUGCAGCAGUUUGGAGCCAAUUCUUCAACAAUCAACAACCUUCAACUCUAGGUACGACGAACGAUAACGCCCUCAAACAAAUUUACGAAGAUCAGCUCAAUGAAUCACAAUCUAACUAUUUGAGCACAUUGCCCACGAACAAACCAAGCACUCCAUCUGCUUUACCACACACACCAUUAGAGUUUAAGCUUCCUAUAUCACCACAAAAUCAGUUCGUUAAUAAACCAAAAUCACCUCUCUAUAACGCAGAUAUGCAGAUGCUUAUGAAGGAUUUCGGUGUUAACGGUGACGAUGCACAAAAGCAAGAAUUAGAUGAACACAAUAUGCAAGAUAUAUGGUCUCAGUAUCUUUCUAUACCAAUGACUGCCAAUCAGCAAAAUCAGUCACAACAACAGCAGCAACAGGAAAACGGCAAAGAGUUCGCAGUUGCAGCAGUCAAUAAAAGUGCAUCAGAUGCCAGCAAUCUUAAGCUUAAUCAACCACCUUUGAUGAAAGCUUUACAUAAACAUCAACAGUCGUUAUCUGAUCAAUAUAGAUUACCAAUGUUAAGCGGACCACCAGGUGCGGCCAGAGUAGCAGGAGAAGACCUAAGGGAAUAUGAGCAAGCUGUAUUAAAUAGGAAAUUACCAUCACUUACAUUAAACCCACGAUUUGCAAGGUAUAGAAGGGACAAUAGCCCAGUGAAUGAUGAAGUACAACGGCGAGAUCAAUCUAAAGCUUCAGUAAAGCGUGAUCUGAACACGCCAAACGUACCGGAUGACAACAAAAGAUACGCAUUCUCAUUACCAACGCCUUUAUCACCUCAACCAGCAACCGAUAACAAACCAAGGUAUAACGAGCAAGUCGCGGUGCGUAAUUUCUAAAUUUAAGUUUAAAUUGUAUUAUGGAUUUUCAUAAAUUAUCGUUUCCUGUU